UGCUCCCGUUUUUAUGGCAUGAAAUAUAAUUUUGCUUUGUUUGUUUUGUUUUGUUGUUGCUUUGUCUUGUUUUUUUUAACAAAGGAAGGAAAUCUGACCUUUAACACAUUGACAAAGUUGUUGAAAUCUAAAAAAUCUCUCUCUCUCUCUCUCUCUCUCUCAGGUGUCCACAUUAACCAGAAGAUGGCCGGCUGUGAAUGGGAUGAUGAGACCAAUGAGUUCAAGGGUUAUGCUCAGUACAGUUAUAAUGGAGAAGACUUCAUAUCAUUUGACCUGCAGACAGAGCAAUGGAUCGCUGCAAAACAGCAGGCUGUCCGUAUCAAACAGAAGUGGGAUCAGGACAGAGCUGAUAUAGCAGGGAGGAAGUUUGUCCUGACUCAGACGUGUCGUGAGUGGCUGAAGAAGUACUUGAGCUACGGGAGGAGCUCUCUGAUGAGAACCGAGCGUCCCUCGGUGUCUCUCCUCCAGAAGACUCCCUCCUCUCCAGUCAGCUGCCACGCUACAGGUUUCUACCCCGACAGAGCCGCCCUCUUCUGGAGGAAAGAUGGAGAGGAGCUCUAUGAGGACGUGGACCUCGGAGAGAUCCUCCCCAACCACGACGGGACCUUCCAGAUGAGGGUUGACCUGAACCUGUCCUCCGUCCCUGCUGAAGACUGGAGGAGGUACGACUGUGUGUUCCAGCUGUCUGGUGUGGACGAGGACAUCGUCACCAAACUGGACAAGACCAGGACCAACACAGAGAAGCCUGCUGACUCCACCUUCAUCAUCAUCAUCAUCGCUGUGGCUGUUCUUGUCGUCAUCAUCGCUGCUGUGGUUGGAUUCAAGGUUUACAGAAAGAGGAACGCCCAACGCUCUUCUUCUUCUUCUGCUUCUACUGACGGCUCUGAGCUCUCUGAGGAACUGAACCCUAAACCUUGAAGUCGGCGUCCUGCACACAGUUUAUGGGUGAAUAUUGCUCUGGAUCAACAAGCGAUGCUCCACAUUCUUCUC